GCAGAGAGGGAUGAUAAAGAGAGACAGAUGCACAGACGAGAGAGGAAUAGAGACACACACAGGGCUGAGGAAGAGAAGAGCAGUAUCCUAACGGACGUCUUUAAGCUUCGGUGGUGUUACGGAUUCCCAGGUGCUCACAUGAAGAUAGAGGCAGUCCCUGGAGCCCCACAGGAUGGGGAAUUUGAAUUUGUGCUAGCCACAGAAAAAGAAUUUGAAGAGAUUAUCUCCAUCUCUCAUGGAAUCUAUGGGGGUCUAGAUUAUCUACCAAGUCGUUACCACAGCUGGAUUAAUGAGAAGGAUCGGAUGGUGGUUUUGGCCAAGAAAGGUGGCACCGUGAUUGGCCUGCUCUCUGUGUUUGUAGUAGAUGGUGGUGAGACAGCUCUUCUGGAAGGACUUCGUGUGGCCCCUUGGGAGCGUGGAAGAGGCGUGGCUGGGGUGCUCCAGAGAUUCUGCUGCAAGUUGGUCAAGCAUCGAUACCCAAGUGUGAAAGUGAUGAGGCUCACGAGGGAUGAUAAGCUGAGUGCAAAGGAACUCACCAAAUACCGGGUCAUAGCCAAGCAGGGUAUACUACUGGUCAGCUUCAAUGCGCCAGACCUUGCUUCACGUAUUUUCUCCAUCCCAUUAUCUCCUACGGAUACUUGCCCACCGCCACCCAUUCUACUGACUCCUGAAGAUGUCCGUGAUGUCUUCCUGGAACGAGGGGGACUUCUGAAGGAUCUCCUGCCCAAUCAAACCAUCAUUCAGGACUGGCAACCAUUUCAGGCCGUGCCUGACAACCAAGACCUGCUUCGACGCAAAUCAUUGCGUUGGAUGUCAGAUGACCUGAUUCAGCCUCAGGUGGCGACCCUCUGCACAGCCCCAUUCCCUGUACCUGCUGGUCCCCUCUGCUUCUACCUCAACAUUGAUGUCUUUGGGUCUGAGCUGCAGAGUGUACAGGAGCAACUGCUGUCUCACCUUCGUGCCCAUGUUCCUAAACUUCCAGCGGAUGUGAGAUGCCAGCUCUUCUUGCCUCCUAACCUGUGGAGGCCCAUGGCUGAUUUUUGCACCUUGGUGCUGGGCUUGCACCUUGAGAAAGGAUAUACAGAGCAGUAUCUCCUGGAGGCUGAUAUAUAACACGUAUUAGGGGCACCCCAAGUGGCAAGUUAGUCCUCAUCCUCUUAAUAACAUUUCCUCGAUAGCUGAGACCUCCCAUUAGAAACCUCAUCUUAAUCUAUAGAUCUGAGCCUCCAGACCAAGCAUAAUCAUUAGCAUACAAGUUUCUCUCUUCCUUUCUCUUCCAGACUUACCACACUCAUCACUUGCACUUACAUCUAUGGUGUAGAGUAGGGGAAGGCAACCUGAGUCUCUCCAGCUGAAGCUGAACUAUAUGUUCUCAGGCUCAGCAUCUCUGAGUAGGGAGAGAGUUGUAGUUAAGUAGCAGCAGGAGAUAGGCAGGCUGGAUAUCUCUGCUAUAGUGAAUGCUGCAUUGUACAUAGGGAGUAUGUGUACCUACGUGUACACUUAUAGGAGAAAGAGUUCCCUUCUUCUAACGUUGCUUACAUUGCACUACAGUGUAUGUGUGUGCAUGUCUAUGUAUUUAAAACACACACAAGAUUAUGUGUGUGUGUGUAAGAGAGUGUGUGUAUAUAUAUAUAUAUAUAUAUAUAUAUAUAUUUAUAAAUGAGAGAGGGGGGCUGAUGAGGAAAAUAAUAUGGGGGGCUGGGGGUUUUGUACUCUGCACUGAGAUAGUGUGUGAUAAUAUAUUUAUAUAUUUAUUGCACUUUUUAUGGAGGACGGGUGAUAGUAAAGUAUUGUACUGUGUAUAUAUACAUACACAUAUAUUUUCCAGUAUAUAUAUACAGUAGAUAUUGAUAUAUGUAUCUAUAUAAAUGUGUGAUACGUAUUAGUAUGCAAUAAUUUGCACUUCUCAUGUUGAGUAUAGAUUAACUUUUUAUAGACUGUGAAAUUGGGGUGUCACCGGUGCCCAUGUGGAAUAUACCCAACUUUAUACACAGUGAAGGGAGGGCAUUACCAGCACAGAAAAUUAACCAGAGCAACUAAUGGUAAACGCCUGGGCCUACUUAAAGGGACACUGACUUCAUGUACAUAAAACCUACACUUGAAUGAAAAAAGUAACAUUCCAAGGAAAUUGGGUUCUGCUGAUAAUAUAGAGGUAUUUUUGUAUAAGGUUUCAGUGUCCCUUUAAAAGUCCAUGUCUGUUAAGAAGAACGAAAUGAAUGUCUUGGCUAUGAUUAGACUAUAAGGCUAGAGCAUUCACAUUCAAGCCACUAGUGUAGAUAUCUCUUUCCACAGGGCUGCUAAUGUUAUACCUGACGAGGCCAAGGGACCUGGAAUUGGCAAAAGAAAUUCAUGAAAAUGGAAUCUUGGCUUCUCUGGAAAAGAUCUGGCUCGUCUGCGUCUGCAUUGUUGGGGGCUAUUUUCAGCCAUUGACUGUGCUCUUGCUGCUCAAAAGAAGCACCUGGUCAGUAGCUAUGAAAUUCUCAAGAACUCUAUACACACCUUGGAUCUUUAACCCCCCCACCUGCCAUGAAAUAUGCACUUGCCAUAAAGGAAACCAUACUCA